CAUUUUCGAACCCGUCGCAUGAGCCGAAGCGGCAGUAGCAGCGAGCGCAAGCUGAGCUGGAGCGCCGGCGAAGGAACGCCGCUGCUGAGCCCACUCUCGCGGUCCGCGACACGGGAUGUCAAGCUCGAGAUCUCGGGCUCCGUGCGCGACAAUCAGGAGAAGUGGAAGAACCUAGCUGACGUCGACAUUGGCAGCCUCGAGCAGCCCGGCGUGCAUUGCACGGCGCAGGACAUGGCCAACGACAUCGACAAGGACCUCGCCGACCUCAAGGCGCACGAUCUCUUUGACGACCGUCUGCCGCAUCGCUGGUCCCGGCGCGGGUCCAUCUCGCUCAGCGGGACAGGCAUCCCGUCGCCCAUGAACUUGCCAAACACGGUCAACAAGUACAUGGUCGCGGCGGCUUUCAUCCUCGAUGGCAUCCACGGACGAAAGAUCGGGUACCGCGUCGACUAUACGUCGCUGCAGCUCACGCGCAUGUUCCACGCGGACUGGUACCGCCACGUCUUCAACUUCAUCUCGCUUGUGUGCUGUGCGCUCGCAUUUGUCGAGAACGUUCAGCACUCGACGCACUACCUCUGGGUCGAGCUCGUCUGCCUCGUGCUCUUUGGCAUCGACAUUUACAUCCGGUACGCCAUGAGCUCGGACAUUACCAAGCGCCAGUUUCGGAAGCGCGAACCAUGGGCGACCGUGCGCCUUGGUCUUAUUGCGCUCACGUUUCUCGACAUUGGCCUGUACUUUCUCGGUGUUGGCGUCGCCUUGAACCGCACGUCGCGCAUCUUCCGGCCUUUCUUUCUCAUUGCGCGCCGCCGCAACGUGCGCGUCGUCUUUGGAAGCUGCAUCCGCGCGCUCAAGGACGUGUUUGUCAUCAUCUGCCUCGAGUUUUGCCUCGUGGGCUUUUUUGGGCUCAUGGGCUACCUCCUCUUUGCCGACUCGAGCGUCAUCCUGGGCGUUCCGUUCUUCUCGACGCUCGGCGACUCGCUCUACAACAUGCUUCUCAUUAGCUCGUGCAUGCCUGCCAUGGUGCCGGUCAUCUUGCCAUACUUUGAGCGGUCGCAGUGGAGUGCGAUUUACUUUGUCAUUUUCGUGCUCCUCGCGCACUUUUUCGUCGCCAAGCUCACGAUCGCCGUGUCGUACCGCACGUACAAGAAGAACACGGAGAAGAUGCUCAUCAAGCGCCUCCAGAAGCGCAAGAUCGCGCUCCGAAAGGCGUUCGAUCUUCUGCGCGACGACGAGGUGACGGGCCAAACCGUUUCGAUCGUGUCCCUCGAGAGCUGGAUUGCCAUUUGCCAGUACCUCAAGCCGUCGUGGACGGAUGAGGAAGCGCAGCUCGUCUUCUUCUCGGUCGACGAAGAUCGCGACGGCACGGUCGACUUUGCCCAGUUCAUGCAGCUCGCGUCUGUGCUUGUGAACGCCAACAUCUCCAAGCGCAACCGAUAUUCGAUCCAAUUCGACGGGCUGCGCAAGUGGCAGCACCGCGUGCGGUCGGUUCUGCUCGCGGAAACCAAGAUUUUCGGCUACCCGUUCGUGUACGGCGAGAUGGUUGUCGGGUUCCUCAUCGUGCUCUCGAUCAUCCAAGCGACCCAAGUCAACAACUAUGCGCUCACGUACUCGCUCAACCACACGUGGCGCCUCGUGGGUAUCUCUCUUCUGUCGCUUUUCACGCUCGAGAUUGCGCUCAAGCUCUUUGCGUUUGGCUACGACGAAUUCUUCCACCGCCCGUUCUGCCAACUCGAUCUGUGGAUCGCAGCCGUCGGUUGGGUCUUUUACUUCCUUACGAGCCUCUACCCGGGCUUUCCCGUCGUCUUUUAUGACCUCUCGCUCGCGGUGCGCUCGUUGCGCAUGCUCAAGCUCCUCAACUUGAUCCCGCCCUUUCACGACAUCCUCUGGACCAUGAGUCGGAUCUUGCCGCUCGUGUCGCAGCUCAGUCUUGUCAUCGUCAGCGUCGUCUACGCCUAUGCGAUUAUCGCCCAGGCCCACUAUGGUCCUGUGCUCGCGGCUUUCCCCGAGGAGCUCAAGUCCGCCGCGACGCCGUGGUACGUCAGCCGCCAAGUGUUUCAGUUCGACACGUUUGAGAGAGCACUCGUGACGCUGUUUGAAGUCGCGACGCUCGCUGGCUGGAACGCGGUCAUGGACGCUGCGUACGUUAUGACGCAGUCGGCCAGCACGCGUGUCUUCUUCUUCACGUACCGCAUGACGAUCAGCAACAUUUUGCUCCCGAUUUUCGUCGGUUUCCUCGUCGAGAGCUUUAGCUCCAACCAAAAGCCCAUCCUUGCAGAGGAAACAGAGUCGUCGACGACGCAGCUACUGCCCGUGAUUGUCGAUCAAAUGGGCGUCCCGGACGUCACCAAGUUACCGCCAUCGCACGUCAAGUACAAGAUGAGCUUCCAGCGCCGCGCCAGCGACAUUCAGUCGGCCAUGUUUGACUUUUCCAAGGCGCGGAAGAGCACGGCCGAGGACGAGCUUGCCAAAGUCAAGCACCAGCUCCAGUUGAUCACCGUCAUGAAGGACAAGGAGCUCCAAGCGCUACGCGCCAAGCUCGACGACUCGCGCGCCCUCGUCGCGUCCCUCGAGCGCAAUCGCAUCCUCUCGUCUAGCAACGCAUCCGAAUCAUCGAGCAGUGGAUCGCGUCCGCCACUGAGUGCCUCGGGGGCCUCCUCCAAAAAAGAAAGGGCUGCAUUCGAGUAAGUAAAAGCCCGACAAGGAGACGCAUGCGUUUACAAUAAUCCCAGGUCAUUGUCACCAAGGACUCAACAAUUUUAGCACAUAUUUCCAACUUAAACAAGAGUAUGAGUGAUGCGAAUUCUGG